GGGAAGUGACGUCAUCACUUCAGAGAUUUCCAAGAACUAACAUGACCGACACCACAGACACAGACUUAUGAAAGAAAGGAGGAAAGAAAGUGAAAAGUUGGCGUUUUUAAAGUUUUUUUUCCCCAUUUGGUUUUCAGAUCAGCCUUGUCUUUUGUACAGCUAUGGCUGGCCUACAUAUAUCCAAGAAAGAUGGCACCGAAGGGACAGCAACUGUUGAAAUGACAUACAGAAAAGGAAAAAAGAAAAUAACAUUUACAAUUUAUGGCUGUAUUAUAAAAAAUGAUGCCAAUCUUCAAAAGUUUAUCGGAAAUAAUAUAAAACAAUCAGCUGACAGUGAAAAGUUUAAGAAUGCUAGAUAUUUCUUUUAUGCAUGUGAUCCUGAUCUUGAAGAAGACAAAAUUAUCAAAACUACACUUACUUACCAUCGAUUUUCAGGCAAAUCAAAGUCAUGUAAACUAGACUCUUCACCUGCUAACCUUGUUAAAGUUCAAGAACACAUAUUUUUGCUUUGUGAUUCUCAAGAAUUAGAUAAAUGUGACUUAGAUCGUUGCAAAUUCUUGGAAAAAUACAGUAAGAAGAUUCGAGUAGCUCAAAAUUUAAGAGGUCAAGAAGAAAUAAUAUAUGUUUUAAGCUAUGAAGAAAAGAAGCAAGACAAAGAAGACGUCCUCACAUUUAUUCCACUAAAGUUGAAUCAUCAGUUAUCCAAUGUGUAUGGUGUUGAUGCAGAAUAUCUUGAUAAUUAUAAGAAGUUGGAAGAUAUUGAUGCCGGUCCAGUUCUUCUUCAAGAUAAAGAGACUGUAGUUGGCAGUUUUGAAAAAAGAGAAAAUAAUGAAAUUUCUAUUUCUAUUUUUGGAAUCAAGCAAGAUAACAGUGGCAGUGAAAGCCAAAAAGUGGAAUCUGAACAGGAAGGAGAAGUGGUGACAGAAGACCAAAAAUCUGAUAUAAAAUCAGACAAAGUAUCUGAGGACAAGAAGAAAGAAGAAGAUAAAAUUACACCACAGUCUUCUUCUUAUUCAGUAAAGGUGACAGAAGACCAAAAACCUGAACCAAAAUUAGACAAAGAAUCUGAGGACAAGAAGAAAGAAGAAGAUAAAAUUACGCCACAGUCUUCUUCUUAUUCAGUAGAGGUGACAGAAGACCAAAAACCUGAUUCAAAAUUAGACAAAGAAUUUGAGGACAAGAAGAUAGAGAAAGAUAAAACUGCUCCACAGUCUUCCUUUUAUUCAGGAGUGAUGACACAAGACCAAAAACCUGAUUCAAAAUUAGACGAAAAAUUUGAAGACAAGAUAGAGGAAGAUGGAAAUGGUUCUCAACCAGAAGACAACGAGCAAAUAUCAAAACCAAAGCAAUCACAAGAACAUGAUGAGUUAUUUAAUGGUCCUUCAGAACUAGGUCAUGGUUUAGACGAUCAGACAGAUAACAAAAAUGAGUUUCCUAAUUCACCUCCAAAAAUGUACCAUGGACAUCCAACAGAUCCAUACGAGGGCAGUGUAUAUCAGCAAACUACAUACAAGAAUGAUGCCUUGGCAUCAAAAGAUCACUCCAAGCUUAUAGUAAAUGGGGGAAAAGAGCUACUUACAGCCCCACUCAAGCAAGAUGACCAAAGCAAUAGUCACAAAGAAAAAUCUCCAAUCCAGGUGUCAAAUUGUUCAGGAUUAUCUGAAGACAAUAUUGACCAUCUUGAAGCAAUAAAAUCGAAUCUCAAAGAUGGCUCAAACCAGCUGAAUGAUGACCUUAGUCAGAAAGGGAAUAUAAAAAAGUACAGAAGAUUUUUUCUUUAUGUAGCUCAACAUGCAACUACGAAGUGGCAAGAAAUUGGGGAAAAUCUUGAUGUUAAAAAUAACAAGCUACAAAGUUUGCAAGUCGACUAUAACUCUGAAGGCAAUGCAGAACAAGCUUACCAAAUGCUGGUUCACUGGAGACAGAGUGACAAGAAUCCUACCUUGAAGAAGCUCCUUAUGGCAUUAAUUGACACAAAGUUGGUGGAAGAAGCGAACAAAGUUUCAGUCUUGCUAACAGAGAAUAGGAGCCUUGGAGGACAAAAAGUAGAAGAAAAACUUUUAAACAAAAUUACCAAUGAUGUAAAAGAUGUUUGGAAAUUUCUCGGGAGGUACCUUGCCAUUGACGAAAGCACCAUUCACGCCAUAAAGAUGGAUUGUCAUGGCAGAACACGGGAACAGGCGCGUCGGAUGUUUGUUAGGUGGAGGCAGAGUAACGGAAGUCGUGCGACGACAGGGAUUCUUAUCAAUGCACUUCACGAUGUUGGAAAAGCAGAUGUGGCAAGGGAAGUUCAAGUAUGGGAAAGACAAACUUGAUUAUUCUAGAAGACACUUGAACUAGUUUAUAGUGACCAUCAAGUAACCAUGCCAUGGUCUGUAAUCAUUCCCAAAAGAUUAAAACGUCCAAAAGAAAUGUCGUCCAUGUUGUGUGCUACAAGGAAAGGAACUACGACCAACAUGACGGCUAUGAACAUUAGAAAUAGUGUGCCAAAAGCACGUAUGGCAUUCAUCUAGGUUAGUUAAACAGCGUAGAAAUAAAGGUUAAUUAGACAGCGUAGAAAUAAAACGUUAAAGACUGAAAUAGAUAAAUAUCUAUGUCUCUUUGCUGUGAUAUACACUUUGGAAGCUGUAGAGCAGAGAAAAAACAAGCUUAGUAGCACGAGGCGUUGCCAAGUGUUUCUCUUGCAUUUCGAGUGCCCUAAGGGUCUCAACAAGUGUGUAUAUCAAAACACAGAGACAUAAGCAGCCGUUUUAUAUUGCUUUCAUAAAAUAUUUUAGGACGAUUUUGCGCGAACGUGUCUCUUUCCUAUGAUAUAAACACUGUCACCAGCCAAUCAGCGUAGCGUUAUAUUUUAAAUAUUUUAUGAUAAGAUGAUAUAAAACGAGUAGAUGAUGGUUUACGAAUGACAUUUUUCCAUGGAAAACCAAAGAAAACAAUCGGCAGUCAGCAUAUAUGACUCAAAGUUCGGAAAUCAUUCAGCGUUCUUCUCUACGUGUGUGAGAUGUGUACUUUCGUUUUCUUCGUUGGAUUUUUAAUCAUAAAAACAGAUUUAUAUUUUAAAGUAUUAGAAAAAUGUUAGCCAAUCAAAAUGGAGAAAAUUAGCAAAACUGAAGUGUCCUGACUUUUCCUCUUGAAAUGUUGACUUUCCAGGUAACCAAAUGGGAAAUAUAGCGCCUGGAUAACAGUGACACAAUAUUUAAUUUUUGUAGGCCUCAAGACUCCUCUGUUUUGCAGUGACGUCAUUUAUAAGUCUAUUUCAGAUCAGCUGGUAAAGUGCUAUUAACUAGGCAAUACUACUCCAGUUUCGAGUUCUCUUUGCUUAGUCUUAGUCUCCGCUGUGGGUUGAAAUAUUCUGAGCUAUUCAACCAAAACCAGUGGCACUUGUAUUGUUCCAUAGUACGUGCAUUCCUUACUAUACAACGGACCUUAAUAUAAGAAAAGAACACAUUUGUGACACAAUCGAGUCGCCGCAACCACUUUUCGCAACAAAAUUGAGCGACAUUGCCUUGUGUAAAACAGUACCAUUUCCUGAAAAUUGUCCCGCAACGAUCUGUUAUGACAGCCAAUGAUAUUGCAUCACGCAUAAAUUAUCAUUUUAUCGCCCCAGAUCAUUACAGUCUUUCCUACUAGCAAAAGCCUAGGAAAUUUAAAGUCCAACGUGUGACACAAGUUGUAUGAAAAAUAUUGCCUGGUGCAGAUGAAAAAUAUUGCCUGCCUAUGUUUCGUCUUUGUCUUACUCAUUCGACAAACAAGUUUUUCUACACAGCUUUAACACCUUGCAAAAGCUAGAGUUUGUUCGCUAUUCAAAAUCCCAUGAAGCUUUGAAAUAAAACUUUCCAAUUAAA